GUCUUGCGUCAAAAUAAAUCUUCUGAAAAUCCAAGCAAAAAUCGAAGCUCCGGCAGCCGCAAAUAAAAAAGAAAAAUGCGUACGGCCUAGAGCGAAGCUCGGCAGAUUCUGUCUCGAAGCCCCCGUGUGUUUUUUUGCUUUCUCUAGUUCGAAGUUUGCCACGGCCUGACGCUUCGAAGGCUGUCGUCAUUCGUCGGCCAUGCCUCUGCUCACCCUCGAUGCUUGCUGGGCUCAAGCUGGCGGUACCUCUCCGACUCGCUUCAUCGGUGCUUCAGUCUUCAAGGGUGAGGAGUUUAUUGGCCUCAAUGAUGCAACGAAGCAUUUUCAUGCCACCUGUUGCAGGGCAUGUAGAGUAAGCAUGAGUCGUGGUUCAGUUCGAUGCUCAGUGAAGAGAUCAAGAUAUAGAAGAUCGCAGAAAAGUGUUGAUCUUGAUCUGAAAGUUGACCAGAGUUCAUCCAAUACAAAUGUGACUGAUGGAUCUUCUUCAACAGUUGAAAAUGCUCCAAGUAUUGACGUUUCCUCCAACAGUUCUUCUAUGAAUUCUACCACAUCCAUUUCCUCCAGAAGUACUGUCCUUCAGGCGUGUACGGUCACUUCUGGCUUAAUGGUUGCUCUUGGUGCUAUAAUUAGAGAGGCAUCUCACGUUGCCUUCAUGGAAGGAUUGCCAGUGAUUGACUGUACAAAGGAAAUAUCAUUUGGUUUUGAGACAUGGCAUCUUGAGUUGGUUACAGGACUGGUUAUUCUGAUAUCAUCUUGUCGGUACUUGCUACUGAGGACUUGGCCAGACUUUGCAGAGUCUAGUGAAGCAGCGAAUCGGCAGGUUCUUACCUCGCUUGAACCUGUGGAUUAUUUGGUAGUUUCAUUUCUCCCUGGAAUCAGUGAGGAACUUCUUUUCCGUGGUACACUGCUCCCACUGACCGGAAACAACUGGACCAGUGUCCUGCUUGUUGCUGCCUUAUUUGGGAUACUACAUUUGGGCAGUGGACGCAAGUUUUCCUUUGCAAUUUGGGCAACCUUUGUCGGACUGAUGUACGGUUCUGCAACUGUGGUCUCUUCGAGCAUUGUCGUGCCGAUGCUUUCUCAUUCAUUGAACAAUCUGGUAGGAGGGAUGAUAUGGCGCUACUCAAAGUCAGAGUCGCUGCGGUAAGAUACAUCCUGGCAGUCAUCACGAUGUCCAAGUGAACAGUGUAGAAUAUCUGCAAGAUAUGGCCGUGAGCCUGCAAUAUACGCUUCGCUAUUGGCAAAUUUGUAUCAGUUUGGUUGUCUUGCUGUUUCUAGACACCACUCUUGUACCUUAGAUUCAUGCCCAUAAUGUUAACACCAUUAUACAGAAUUACGCACUUGUUCUUCGGUCACUUUUUUGUUCCUCAAACUGAAUCACCUUGAUUCAUUCAAUUGCAUUUGCAAUUGGCAGACAGAGAAAAGAGUCAGUUAUUUCUCGUCCCUGCUCCAAACAUUGCUUGAAUGAAAAGAAAAGAGGGAUCGUGUCGA